UAUUCAAUUUGUAUAAAAUUUAAAUAUAAUAUAAAUUGAUAUUUUUUUAAGUUUUUUUGUGCCUUGAUAUCAUACUUUAACAUUUAUGAAAUAUUAAAUUUUAUCAAAUAUAUAAUCAUGAAAGUUUAUAUAAGCUUAAUUUAUCUAUUUUAUUUAAUCCUUAUCCAAUACACUCCUCAGGAAGCCAUCUCACCUUUAGAAAUAUUUUUGAACAAAGGCGCCAUUCGUGGCAAAAUUCCUCUGGGCGUUGGAAAAGAAUAUGUUUUUCCCAUAAGAUUGGAUGAUAAUCAUUGGUCAGAUAAUAUAACCAUAGGAAUGCAAACUUACGAAUAUGGUCAAUUACAAUUCCAUGUACUCAAAGUUAAUUCUAGCUUUAAUGAAGGAAUUGAAAGCCGGCAAGCGAAAAGCUUAGAAAAUAUCAGACUCUCUUUAUACGAAGGCAAUGUUUCAGUUUUAGAAAACAAUGUCAGAAAUAAUUAUCCCGUUUCUUUGAUAUUUAAAAAUGGGCGUUUGGAUACAAUAUUUUCAAUAGGCGAAUUUCAUUUUGAAGUAUAUCCUAUAUGGAAUGAGACUGCGACUGCCAACUAUACCAAACUGGUAACUUAUCCUCACAGAUUUAUAAAAUAUAAAUUAGUAAAUUCAUCCGAAAUAAAAGGAGUAGACAUGUCGACAACUUUCCAAAAAGAUGAUCAAGGCAAAUCUUCAUCCAAAUUAUUGGGAGAAGAUAACAUUGAUAUUUUGCACAAAUCAUAUGUGAUUGAAGGAGCAUUAUUUAUAGAUGAACAUGAUAGCAAUAAUAUAACCGAGGAGAUGAUCAUUCUGAUUGGGGAAAAACUCUCCAAAAUAUUUGAAGUUUUAUUAUUUCGUAUUAACAUCCGAUUCAAGUUGGUUGCUUGGUUUCCAUAUCCAAAAGAUUUGGUUAUUGAUGAGAAUAUGGUACAGAAUCAACGAAACUUGGAAAAAUACAUAUCUACCCACCCCUUAAGACAUACAUACGAUGUGGGCAUGUUGAUUUCUAGCCGGGCUAUUGAAAGCAUUAACAAAGGAUAUGUCGUAGGUUGGGCUAAUGUAGGAACCAUGUGCAGAAGGAAUCAGAGUGCUUUAGUUGCUUGGUACAAGCCAACAAGUGUAGCCUAUUUUCUGUCUCACGAAUUAGCUCAUUUAUUAAAUUCAUAUCACGACAGUGAGCAAGAAUGCGAUAAAGGUUCCCAAUUAGAAGAUCAACCUUAUAUUGAUUCCAAGAAUGUGAUUCAUUGGUCUAACUGUACUAUAAAAGUUAUAUCUGAUUGGAUCAAGGCUGGAAAAUUGGAUUGUCUCUUGUUUAAAAAUCACACUAAACAAUUACCGGCAAAAGAUUUAUAUUUAUAGAGAUUGAACAUAUUAUUUUUGACAUUUUAUUAUUAAUAUGUAAAUAUAAUUAAACUAAUAUAUCUUACUAUACAAUUUUUUUUUGUGUGAGUGAUUUAAAAAAUAAAUUUCUCUGUACGCAUA